AUGAACCCUAAAAGAAGAAGACACGUUUAUCUACUGGAUUUUGCAUGCUACAAACCUAACCCUAAAUGCAUGUGCACUAAAGACAUGUUCCUUGAGUGCCUAAAGUCCACAGGCAGAUUCCAAGAUGAGAGCUUGGAUUUUCAAAGGAAGAUUUUAGAUAAGUCCGGCCUCGGCCAGAGGACUCACAUGCCGGAGGCUUUAUUGGAGAUCCCCCCAAACAUUUGCUUAGCGGAGGCGGCGAAAGAGACAGAAUCGGUGAUGGUUGGCGCCAUUGAUGAGGUUUUGAGGAAGACAAAAGUGAAGGCAGAGGAGAUAGGGAUAAUUGUAACAAAUUGUAGCUUGUUGAACACAACACCAUCUUUGAGUUCAAUGGUUGUGAACCAUUAUAGGCUUAAGGAUGACAUUUUGACUUAUAAUCUAAGUGGCAUGGGUUGUAGUGCUGGACUUGUAGCCAUUGAUCUCGCCAAAAGACUCUUACAGGUUCAUCCCAAUUCCUAUGCCUUAGUGAUCAGCACCGAAAACAUCAAUGGAGGUUCAUACACAGGAAACAACCGUUCGAUGCUACUCUCUAAUUGCCUCUUUCGAAUGGGUGGUGCUGCAGUCUUACUCUCAAACCUUAACUCUGAUUCUAAUCGUUCCAAGUAUUACCUCAAACACAUUGUUAGAACACACAAAGGUUCUCAAGACUAUUGCUACAACAGUGUAAUGCAAAAAGAGGAUGAUGAUAAUAUAACCGGUGUUGCACUCUCCAAAGAUAUUAUGAGUUCUGCUGGACAAGCCCUUAAAGCUAAUAUCUCAACUCUUGGAAUUUAUGUUUUGCCCCGAAUGGAACAACUCAAGUUUCUUUUAAAUUUAAUUGCAAGAAAGUCCUUCAAGAAAAUGGUUAUUAAGUGUUACACUCCGGAUUUUAAGUUAGCUUUUGAGCACUUUUGUAUUCACACCGGUGGAAAAGCGGUUCAAGAUGAAAUGCAAAAAACGCUUGAACUAAGUGAUUGGCAUAUGGAACCUUCUAGAAUGUCUCUAUAUAGAUAUGGGAAUACGUCAAGCAGUUCAGUUUGGUAUGAGCUGGCAUAUUGUGAAGCCAAAGGAAGGAUUAAAAAAGGAAAUCGCAUUUGGCAAAUUGCGUUUGGAUCUGGAUUCAAGUGUAAUAGUGCUGUUUGGUGUGCACUUAGAACUAUUGAUCCAAAAGAUGAGAAAAAUUUGUGGACAAAUGAGAUUAAUGAAUUUCCUACCGAUAUUGAAAACUAG